AUGGCGACUAUUUACGUUUAUAUUGCUCCUAUCAUGCUCAACAGCCCUGCGCUUGGAAUGAGUAAUACUGUUUUCUUCUGGGCUGGCACGGGCUUCCUCGUGUAUAUUCUUAUCUGGUUGAUGGUUCCCGAGACCAAAGGCAGGUCUUUCGCCGAGCUCGACGAGCUCUUUGCACGCAAGAUUCCCGCCUGGAAAUUCGCCAAAACUGAGGUAUCGGUUGAUAAUCGCCAUAGCGAAGAGCAGCUCAGAGGUGAGGCAUAG